CGCUUACCAAAUAGUGAGUGUAAACACACAUGCCGAGAAUGGUAGACGGAUGAAGGGAACUUACGUUGCUUAUUUCGUUGGAGGAUUUUUAAUUUUAUAGAAAUAUGUGAGGAAGAUCAACAAUAUUAUGAUUCGAAGAAAAAUCUGUGGAUUUUUUGUUUUUAGUUAAUAUUUUUUUGAAACGACAUUGUUUCGACAAGCGGUGAAAUAUUUCAGUAAGCGUUGAGAAAUUUCCAACUUAACAGAAAAUGGCCGACAUUGGAAGACAAGGGGCUGUGCAGUUUCUGUUAACAUUGAGUGUGUUUUUUGUUUUGUUUGUUCUUGGACAUUGUACACUUGAUUUGGCCUGUAUAGAAGUGAAAAAAGCUUACACGGAGAAAGGCUUAAAUGAAAAUGAAGUUCCCAUUCAAGCAAUUUCGGGGGACCAUUUAGAAGUUUGUCCGCACGGAUCAACAUGUUGUACCAGAGAUAUGGAAUCCAAGUUGAAAGACUUGAGUGCCAGGGAAUAUACGAGAAUCGUAGGAGAAGCUUUUAGAUAUGCCAAAAGUACAUUUGUAACAAGAACAAGAAAAUUUGAUGAAUUCUUCACAGCUUUAUUAGACAAAUCAAAAAGAGACUUGCAUACUAUGUUUGUGAAGACAUAUGGAUUAUUAUACCAGCAGAAUUCACAAGUAUUUACGAGUUUAUUUGAAGACUUGCGGAGCUAUUACAAAGGCAAGGACAUAAGAUUGACGGAUGCAUUGGACGGGUUCUUCAAAAAAUUGUUCAGCAAAAUGUUCGAGUUGCUUUCUGUUCCGCACAAAUUUUCGGAUCACUACUUGGAAUGUGUGACCAGUCAGAUGGAGAACUUGAAGCCGUUUGGAGAUACUCCCGGAAAACUUUCAACGCAGGUCAAGAGAUCUUUUGUCGCAGCCCGCACUUUUGUGCAAGGCCUUGCUAUUGGACGGGACGUAAUCGUUGAAGUUUUAAAGAUUCCCCCCACUGAGGCUUGUAACAAGGCCCUGAUGAAGAUGAUGUACUGUCCCCACUGUAGAGGGCUGACCCAGACCAAGCCCUGCAAUAACUACUGCCUCAACACCAUGAAGGGCUGUCUGGCCUACCACUCGGAACUCAACGAGCCCUGGAACGAGUACAUUGAGGCCAUGAAGCAGUUGGCAAGCCGACUGGAAGGGCCAUUCAACAUAGAAUCGGUGGUGGAUCCAAUCGAUGUCAAAAUAUCUGAUGCCAUCAUGACCCUCCAAGAAAACAGCCUGAGGGUGAAAGAACAGGUUCAUAACGGUUGCGGACGACCAAAUCCCCAAAAUAUCAAACACAAGCGCUCCGCCCCUAAGGAGCCCCAAGGGGAUGCAGCCCCUGAUGCCAACUUCCCCACUUCUCUUCUGGAGGUGGAAAAGAAACUUAAAGAAGUUGGUGGUUCUGUUGGUGACACCUAUGACGAGUUCUCCCUGGGCAGGUACGAGGGAACGGCCAACUCGGACAAAUCGGUCCGCCCCACCACAGCUGCGGGGACCAGUUUAGACAGGUUGGUGAAGGACAUCAAGGAGAAGGUACGCGUUGCCAAGGACUUCUGGGUCCAGCUGCCCUAUACCGUCUGCAACAAUGAUCAAAUAGCUGCACAGCCAGGGAAUGAUUCCGACUGCUGGAAUGGCAAAGACAGAGCUAGGUACGAGACUCUUGUUCAACAAGAUGGCUACAUGCAUCAAAUCAACAACCCCGAAGUGGAGGUCAACGUCAACGAAGCCAACUACAUCAUUGAACAGCAGAAAAUACAACUGAAGAUCAUCACUGGCAAACUCAACAAUGCAUUCAAAGGCGAAGAGGUCACCUGGGUCAAAACAGAAAUCCCAGACAUCUAUGGAAAGGGCAUGGUUGGCGGUAGUGGUGAUGACUUUUAUGGCAGUGGCAGUGGUUCCCACGCCAUCGAAGGCUCCGGAAUGGAAGGCAGCGGAUUCAUGGAGAAAAGUGGGGACGGUUCAGACGGUGAUGACGAAGACUUCAACAAACCUCACAGACCAACCCACGAACAAUGGCCGACCUCCAAGCCGCCUUCCGUCGAUGUCGAGGGCAGUGGCAGAGACAUUAAUGAUGAAAACAAUCAGAACAACCCCCACUUGAGGGAUCCCAAAAAUGAUCCAAAGUACAACAUCGGUGGUGACAGGGGGCGAUUCACAACAAAGCCGCCACAAAGAACAAAUGAUCGCGAGAAUGCAGGAGUUUCUUCAUCUCCCUCGUGGUGGUGCUUAUCUGUUGUGCUCAUUUUCAUCAAGACUCUUCAGAAUGUCAUGGGUUGAACCAAUUCAUCAAAACAUUUAUGUGAUUAAGAUGUACAAGAAAAAACACAUUUUCAUUGUAUAGGUUGUGUAUCUCUAUAAUAUGCAUACUCGCAUUAUGUAUUUACAAAUCAGGAAGGGAAAAAUUCACGUCAACAACAAAAAAAGAAUUUUCAAAAGAUUUUUUUUUUCAGUAUAAUAAUAGCCAGAAGAGACUGAUUUAGAGGUCUUUUUCAGUUAUUGAGUUAGCUGUUCAUUCCUGAGACAUGCAUUGUGAUGAAAUUCUUGUACAGAAGUUUUGUUAUCUUGGAGAGACCAUCAGAGUGGUCCAGUGCCAUAUGUUUCUUCAAACAGACUCCUCAAAACCAUUUGUUAUUUUCAAAGAUGUCAGAGAGGAAAAAAAGAAAAUACGAUUUGUAGUGACCACAAUAGACUGAGCACAAAGAGUAUAUAGAGGACAGUACACGCUAUGUCUGACUAUGCUGUCAUAUGAACAGACCUGUGUAUAUUGUGAUUUACUCCAGUGAUAUAUCAUCCGAGGCCAAAGACACAUGAAUUAAUCCCGGGCUGUCUAGACGGCAGCCCAGAGUAACAUCCAAGUGCUAGAGUGGAGAGUCAAAUCGGCAAAAAUCGGCAAGUCCGAGUUCCACUCUCUUUCCCUGCAUGUUUCUGUCGACGAUCAUGUAGACUGCAUGUUUAGAAGAAAAGGAAAAAAAAAAGUCAUAAGACAACUCUGAUUUGCUUGAAGGUUUAUGUUUCUCUGUUUAAUUCAUGUGUAAAGUUAUGUGUGUGUAUAUAUAUAUAUAUUCAUCGUACUGUGUUAGACAUGAUGGUGAUAUUGAAGCGUUUUAUUGUACGAUACAUGUAUGUGUUUAUAAUUCUGACGAAGAUAUAAACUGGAUGGCAAAAUGUUAAAUCAUAGUAAUCAAAAGAAGAAAAAAAAAUUAUUAUUACAAUGUUAAUUUUUUUUUGUGUGUCAUUUUCAGUAUUUUAGUUGACCAUUAUUUUGUCAUUGAUUGAAACAAUUGUUUGUUUUUAAAUGCUGUUACACAACUGUUAACCUCAUAUUACAAUAGCAAUGAUUUUUUUUUUCAAAUCUCUGCGCAGUCAAGGUGCAAAUGUACUAAGAAUGGAAAUGGUCCAGAGUCAAAUCUGGCCUUUUUUUUUCUGUACAAUGAUAUUCUACUUCACAUUUUAUUUAGCUCAGGGUUUUCUAGUUAUUUUCUAUGGAGCAGCAUUUUCUCUUAAUUUUGUUUUCCCCCCAAUAAUGAUAGGUCUCGCUUUUUUCACAGACUUACUUGUACUUAAUGAUUGCAAUUUAAUGAUUUUUCCGUAAAACUUUUAACAAAGUUGAUUACGCAUUUAAAAAUCAAAACAAGUUUUACUUAACAAAAUAAUGGUGUAAUAACAGGUCAUUAUGACAAAUAAUCUUUGUACAUUUUGAUAAUCUCAAUAUAUAUAUAUAUUGUACAGAUUUUUUUUCUUCCCCAAUCAGUGCUCUGAUUUUUGUGUUAAUUUAUUCAAGCUUUGUACAUUUUUGCUGUCCACAACACUUAGUUUAUAGGUAGACGAUUUUGUGACUGAAGAUAUUCCCGUGUCAAUUUAACUUAACAAUGGGGAUUUUUUUUUUAUCUCAGUCAAAUGAAUUUUUACUGUGUGAUUAUAAUUGAUGUACAUGAAAGAUGAUGUUUAAUGCCGCAUGUACAUACCAAAGAACAUCUCAUCUUAUAUAUGUAGCCAUUUUUUUAACUGUUUAACUUACCCAGAGAAAAAAAAAAUAAUAACUAUAACUGUAUCCAUCUCUUAAUAUUGGACAUAUCUUUCAACAAAAGUUGUGUUUUUAUAUAUACAUGUAUAUAUAUAUGUAUAUGUACUUUAAACACAUCAAGGUGCUGUGGUCAUUGUUUCACCGUUUUCUUUUUCCUUUCUUUUUCCUUGGUGUCAAUCUUGUAAAGCUUUUAGACAUAUGGUACAUACUGGGGUUUGAAGGUAAAAUAUCGGGAGGCUAUAGCUACAUCUUUACCGUCGCCCACUUAAUGUAGACAUCGGUGUAUGAUUUGGAUGUAUAUGAAACCCACCUUACAACUUUAUAUAUAUAUAUCAAAUUCAGUGCCUUCCUUUAUCCCAGCUAUGUACAUGUACUACCUAUAGCAAAACGCCACAGUGGUAUUUUUCUCUGCCAUAGCAUACUGCAUGUUGCGCUUCAUAAACAUUUUGUUUUAACUAAUGGACAUGUUUUUUUUUUUUUUUGGACAAUUUUAAUUCCAGGUUGUUUGUUUACUACAAAAUUUUACUAUUGUUUUAUUUAUAUAGAACUGGUUUCUUUUUUUUUUUUUUAAUAUGGAUAAAAAGUUUGUAUCCAUGGCCCGAUACAUGUACGAGAUGGUUAGUUCAGCAUUAGGACUUCUGGUUCAAGAAAUCCAGCAGUGUCAUUCGUGACCUAAUUUUAGAUGUCUCUGUGUAUUUUAAAGAUUAUUAUUGCUUUUUAUGACUUUUGGGCUGGUUUUCUUCCCACAUUUACAGUUUUUGUACAAUUUAACAAGAAUAAUAUUAAAUUUCAAUGAAAUUAACAAGAAUCACAAAAUUCAGAAACUUAAACGGUUGAAAAAUGAGAAAGAUUUAAUGCUAUACUUAAUUACGAUUUUUGAACUUUUUAAAUUUGUUGUUACAGUGUUUGCACGGCCAGUUAGCUGAUGUUUGUGUUGCUUUCGUCAUCCUCACCAUUUUUCAUCAUCGUCACCUCCCAUCCAAUCAUCUGUGCAUUGCAGACAUUUUUAGUAGCAUUGUCAAUGUCUUUGUUCUUUGAUAGUAUCAUACAAAAUUAUUUUACUGGAAUAAAAAUUGUAUACAUAAA